UCAAGAUGGCCGCUCCUGCAGACGCCGUCGCCAGUAGCAAUGAAACGGUCAUGAGUGACCUCCAAAAACAAUUAGCUGUGGCGAAAAUUAGCCUGCCGGAACUGUCAACUCUUGCUCAGAAAGGAAAUGAAACGCUUGUUGAAAGGUUUUUGUCGGAGAGUGUUGAAGUGCAUGGAGACUCUGAAGAUAUCCGUCAAAGUCAGCUCUACAUUGCAUCCUUCUGGGGUUUUUAUGAUGUUGUCAAAGCUCUCAUUGUGGCCGGAGCUGAUGUGAAUUAUCAAAACAAGGACACGCUCUGGACAUCCCUGCAUGCAGCUGCAUUCCAAGAACAUGGAAGGGUGAUAAUGUUCCUCUUGGAGAAUAACGCCAAGCCUGACAUUCAAGACAAAGAGGGGAGGACAGCGACAGAUUUUGCGUCUGCCUCGGAUAAGAUCUGGUCCCAUUUUGCUGUUCUUGGCUGCAAACGGACAUCAAAACUUGACCUUAUAGAAAAAGGAAUAAUUAAAAAGGUUACAGCACCCCCGUCUGCGUCAAGGAAUACCCCAUCCCCAUCGUCUAUGGGUAUGGAUGGCGUACGUAUGGCAUCAUUGUCUAGGCCUGGCUCAGCAUAUGCAAUCAGACCUGAUCCCUUUGCCAAGAGUAAGAAGAAUCCAAAUGAUUCUUCUCAGAUGUUCGCAGCUUUGGGUGGCGACGUCCUAGCAGAUGAAAAAGGGCCGAGCGCGGAGCCUUCCACCAAAUCGCAGUCUCAGGAGCCCUCGUUCUCCGUGUGGAGAAAUUAAAGGAACAUUACAGAAUUGGUUUUUGCUAUUAAACAAAACAGUUGCUGGCAGUGUAGGCACUUUAUGUA